AAAGUUGGAUAAAGGCAUAAAGCUAAACCGUAUCAACUAUCAAGCAAUGAAAUAUAGUGCACGGUAUCUGCAUUUAUGUAUAAAUACGAGCUAAUCCAAAUCCAAAAAAUCAUCAGAAGAGGGAAACAGUUUUUGGGAAGGAGGCGGCGGGAGAAUGGAUCCAGACGCAGUGGCGAAGGCCUUCGUGGAGCAUUACUACUCAACCUUCGAUUCCAAUCGGGCCGGCCUGGCCAAUCUCUACCAAAACGGAUCCAUGUUGUCCUUUGAGGGCGAGAAAUUCAUGGGAUCUACCAGCAUCGUCGCCAAGCUCACCGGAUUGCCCUUCCUGCAGUGCCAGCAUCACAUCACCACGGUCGACUGUCAGCCUUCCGGCCCCGCCGGCGGUAUGCUCGUCUUCGUCUCCGGUAAUCUGCAGCUCUCCGGCGAGCAGCACGCCCUCAAGUUCAGUCAGAUGUUCCAUUUGAUGCCCACACCACAAGGAAGCUUCUAUGUCUUAAAUGACAUUUUCCGCUUGAACUAUGCAUGAAUUUGAAGCGCUGGAACUGAAUCACGUCUAGUGAUUCAAAGGACCAAUCAUCAUGGGUGUGUAUCUGCAACUAAUAUACAGUUAGGGCUCAAAACAAGUACCUAGGCUCAUCUGUUGCCUGCUUUCAUUUUGUCGAUUAUUACGGAAAUGUCAUGCUGAUUCCUCGUUGGGAUUGGAUCAUAAAAUUGAUUGCCUGUUCAGAAUCUGUUAUGAUAAAUUUGCGGCAUACAUACAGGCCACCCAAUUUCGAGCUGACAA